UUCAAGAACUACAUGGGAUUGAAAAAGUCAGCUUUAUUUUUGUGCCUUGGAUUUGAGGUAGAUUAAAUAAUUGAAAAGGCUAGGCUAUUAGGUCAUGAUUUCUAUGUUACAGCUGUCCAGCACAAGUUAACAGACACUCUGCAUGGCCUGUUGAUUGAAUAACAGAGGCAGAGAAAAUUGCUGUGGGUAGCAGAGCAGCAAGCAACAAAGUGUGAAAAGGAACAUGAUCUAACAGAAAAAUAGUCAGCAUUUAUAAAGCUGCAAUUAGCUGAGAUCCUAUGGCAGCUGCAGUGGUCUUUUGUGGGGAAAUGUAUUAAUCAUAUGGAACAGUGGUCCUACUUCUAACUGCUACAGCAAGUUUGCUUCACACAUAACUUCUGGAAGCAAGAGAAGUGAAUAACUAUGAAAGGAACAUUGGCUUUGAUUUCAAGUGUGUUCUUAUUAAUAGAAGUGGUGAGUGGCUGCCCCCUCCGAUGUCUCUGUCAUCAUUAUUCAAAAACAGUGGACUGCCGGAACCAAGGGCUUGUUGAAGUUCCUUCACAGUUAUCUGUGCAAACUCAGAUCUUACUUUUGUCAAAUAAUCGCAUUCAGAAAAUUGGUCAAAGAGCUUUUGCUGAUGCACUUGCCCUCAAAAUUUUGGACUUAUCAAAUAAUUCGAUCUCAAGUCUAUCUCCUAGCCCUUUUCAAGGACUGCGACAUCUACAGAUCCUUAACUUAACUAAGAACUUCAUUGAAUACAUAGACAACAAGACGUUUAGCUCUCUUCCACACCUAAAAGAACUGGAUUUAUCAUCCAACAGUAUAGUAAAUCUGCCUGGAACUUUAGGAAAUAACACAGGGAACAUAACUUUAUUGUCUCUGAAACAUAAUAAGCUUCAGAAAGUAGACAGACUUCUCUUGGAAUUACUCCCAAAUCUGAAAGUCGUUCUUUUCAAGGGUAACUCCUGGCAAUGCACCUGUCAAGUCUUUGGCCUUAAAUUGUGGCUGGAAAGCUUUUUGUAUCGAGGAGGCAUUAGUGACGCUGUAAUCUGCUCAACACCUGAAAAUCGGAAGGGAAAAGACCUCCUCAAAAUUCCUUAUGAGAUGUAUGGGAUUUGUCCUCCUACAGCUUCUGAAGUCCACCGGGCCAGUGCUCUUCACCAUAAUUCAGAGUCAACAGGUUCUCAGAAGCAUGCCCAUCAUAACGGAGACAGCAGCCACUCACACUGUGAACCUAAACCAAAGCCACGGCCUGUUAACUUGCGUCAUGCAAUUGCCACUGUAGUAAUCACUGGAGUGGUCUGUGGGAUUGUGUGUCUCAUGAUGUUGGCAGCUGCUGUAUAUGGUUGUGCCUAUGCUGCAAUUACAGCAAAAUACCACCGGGAACACUUGGCCCCUGGCAAGGAAAAAGGGAAUCUUGAGGGGAAAGAGCCAUUUGAGAGUUUGUUGGCUUGAGUUACCAAUUUAUAUGAAUUUUCCAAAACAAAUACUUUUUUCCCUACAAGAGUAGUGCCAGAAUAGGAAUAUAUUUACUUCUUACUCUUGUGUUUGGUUGUUCACAUUCAAGAGUCUAAAGGUGUUUCUGUUUUAAAGUAUAUAGGUACAGAGGUUUUCUCCCCAGCCCCCACCCAGGAGAAAAAUGUAUUCACUCAUCAUUUCUUAAUCCCACAAGCCACACAGAACUUGCUGGUCCCCCAUAUGGCAGACAAGGCUAAAAACAUAACUAGUGCAGUUGAUGCAAUUUGCACAAUCUGCUGAGCAAUCUUCUCUCAUGCUGCAAGGCAGCCGGUAACUGGGAUAGGAACCAGUGGCUGACAUCUUGAUUAACAAAGCACUCAUGCAACUAGGGGCUGCAGGAGUCCAACAGAAGCCCUCACACAACUCUUCCAUACUCUGGAAGGGCUCUACAAUAUUGGAAACACAUCACUGAAUGUCAGAGACUAAAUCUUGCAGACAGAGUUGUUCUUACGCUCAGACCUUGGGGCCCCAGUCCAUGGCCUCCAAGGUCCAUGGACCUCCGAAGACCGCCACCCCAUGCCUGCUCUGCUCCUGCCCCACCACUGCCCCAUGGAGAAACUGCAACUUUUCUGUAAUUAUAGCCACCAUGUGGGGGGGGGAGCUGAGCAGGCCUCCCCUCCGUGGUGGUGGUGGGCGGCAGUUGGAGCGGCCACUGGGCUUAUCCAUCCAGCCCAGUGGUCCACAAAAACUGUGAGUCAUGUCUGCACAGUUUGAAUAUAUCAUCACAAGCACAUGACAUCAUGGGGUGGGGGCUCACCGCAGCAGGGGGGCCUCAUGGCGGCAGCAACAGUGGCGGUCCAGGUGCCAAAAUCCCCUAGGUGAGCCACUGUUUGCAGAGCCCUUCUGGAGUUUGGGGAGCACACCAGAGUCUAAAGGCUGGAGUUACAGAAGGACUCCUGUUGUAACCCCCACAGCCCCUGAGCAAUUGACCAUUAUGCAACAGCAAACAGAAAAGUGGUGAGCUAGGAAUCCAGGAGGACUGGAGUUGUCUCCCAACUUCUCAGUUACACUGGGAAAUGAAUAUAAAAGCUGUCCAUGAAACAGGGCUGCCUCUAGUUUGUAUGAGGUGCAUGACAAAAAUAAUUUGCACACACCCCCACGAUGAAUCAAUAAUGUUCUGAAUCUGCUGGAACUAGAAGAGUAUCUGUUGCUGUGCAAGCCUCCAUAAGCAUGAGGCCCUGGGACCUCCUCCAGUCACUUCAGACUGCCAGGCUAUGGAGGUGGCGGAAGAGAUGAGAGUUCCAGUUAAAGGCCCUGCAUGCUGAGGCGGCAAACUCUGAUAGGGCAGUGAUGAGAGAACCUCUGCUUCUCACUGACAGAAUUUGUCUUCCUUACUUUCGAGGAACGAAGGAACUAGUAAGGCAGGAACAGGCUUGAAAUAUGCCACUUAACAUCCUUUGUCAAAAGCUUCUGCUCACAUCACUAGACUAAUGCUAAAACUGCAGGCUGGAAGCAGAGUGGUUACAGUAGGGCUGCCAGUCCAGGUGGUGAAAAUAAUCAAAAUCUGGCACCAAAAAAGUGGAAAUGGUUGCUGCUUUUUACCAAAAAAUAAAAAAUAAAAUCUCCACUUAGCAUAAAAACAUUGCAUAAAAUUCACAUAGGGUAAUAUGCAUGCUUUGCUUUUUUAAAAAGGAUAAUUUGAGUAUACAUACAGCUCACACACACCCUUUCCCACACAGUUCAAACACCAGCCUUCCUCUGACUGGAUCGCAGAAUCCUAUGGGACAAAGGGUGCAUUUUCUUUUCAUUUUCAAGGGGAAGGGAAACCACCACAGAACCCUUUCCACACAGUUGAAACUGAAAGACCAGUAACCUCUGGAUCACAGAAUCCCAUGGGGCAAAGGUACAUUUUAAUUUCAUGGGUGGGGGGUGCCCCCCUUCCCCACAGUUCAACACCAGCCCCCCUCCGCAGUGGUGCAUAGAGGGGAAGCAUACGUUUCCUGACCUGGAGGGAGCUUGCUGGCUGCGCACCGUAGCGAUAGAGCAGCAGAGACACACACGACACAGUGGGAAGUCCCUCCUUGGGGCCACUGAGCCAGUCACAGUGAGUCACUGAGAAAACAGGGAGGCAGGCUGCUGCAAAAUACACUUGGCGGAGGAAAUGGGAUGGGAAUUGCCAUCACAGCAGCAUCAUACAAAUGAGCUCUUCCUGCCGCCACACAGCAAAUGUUACACAUGAGCAAGCCUAUUGUUUCCAAUGGACCUACACACGGGUAACAGCCGCUGAGUGAUUUGAGCUGCACUCGGCGCUUGCAUCAGCAUCGUUGGACCUCAGUAAACCCCCUUCAGCACAGCAAUAGUUGCAGGAGGUUUAAAACAGUUGCAAAUCCGGUUGCCAGUCCACAUCUUGGAAACCUUGAGACAACAGUUGCAAGUCCACAUCUGGAAACACUAGGUUAACAGGCACUCACCACCAUCUCCAAUCUUCUGAAGCAGAAAUACAAAAAGUAUGCAACCCUAGGUGUGUUGAUGGCAAUGUAGCCCCAAUGAACACAAUUCUGAUUGUCUGUUCAUAUUGAGUUUAGAAUUGUAGCCAUUUUAAAAAAAGUGUGUGGGGUGGGGUUCUGUAUAGGCCUGCAAAUAUUUGUCUGAAAAACAUAUAAUAGACCAGAAAGUGUAAUAAAAAUUAUUAUUGUAGAGGCUACCUAACUGAAAAUAUAUUUUGUGUACAUUUAAAAUUAAAUCUGUUUUUAUUAUUUAUUAAAUCUAUAGCUUAUUAUUUAAUUACGGGGCAGCUUUGAAUUUCCAUUUUUUGGAGUCAACUUGACUGAACAAAGCAGAAGGUUCCUAGUUCACUCUUCAACAUCUCUAGUUAAAAUUAGUCUCAGAUCUUUCCCUGAAAUAUUAGAGAACUACUGCUAGUCAAAGCAAACAACAAUUAGGAGUGAAGUCACUGAAACGUGUAAUUAUCUGGUUUGGAACACAAAUUUGCCUAGCUCAUACUGCUCGGAAGCAAUACAAAUCAAACAAUGUUGCCCUCAGGUUCUUCUGCAGCCUGGAAUGGAAAAUGAGACUCUGCAUAUGCACAGAGAGCAAUUCUGAAAUUUAAGUUUAUUUUUGACCCAAAUAAUGAACUUCAAUAUGCAAUCACACAAAGCUAAGCAGAGGGGGAUUUUUGAGGCCCGAGGACAAGCCCAGUAAGGCUGCCAAGCUUUGGAGCAAUAGAAGGUGUGCACUGUUGAACUUGUUUAGCCAAGCUCCGGGAGU